GACAUGGGUGGCUGCCCUGGCCCUGCUCGCGUCUUCUCUCCCUCGCUCUCUCUGCGCUCUCUGUCUGCGUCUGUGGCUCGGUCGCUCGCUCUGCUGGUGCUUGAGGCCUUGGCUGCGCUGCCUGUGGACCAUUCUCGUCAUUCUGCAUUCCAUCGGCCGGGACUCCAACUCGGACGCCAACGUGACUCGGCGGCGAAGGCCAGAGAAGGGGAAGGGGAAGGGGGAGGAGCAAAGGGAGGGGAGGGAGGGUGCGUGGGUGGCCUCGAUUUGCCGUCUGCUGUGCUGUGCUGUGCUGGCGUGCUGGCUGCGGAGCAAUUAGCGAGGGCGGAAGAAGAAGGCCAGCGAGGGACGAAGUCGAUUUGAUCGCUCGGAAGUAUGCAAGAAGACUGACCGACCGACCGAAGGAGCGAGCGAGCGACGGACCGGCCAGCCCGCAACGAGCGAGUUGCAUGCAUCGCGGACAUCUGCCGAUACCAACCAUUGACGACAGUCGAAUCAGGUUGAAGACGAGCAAGUGUGAGUAAUUUAGGUGCUGAUCCAUUCCAUUCCGGUGUUUGCCACUAGGGCAGAGGGCGAGGACAGGCCCGGUCGCAAGAGGAGAGGACUGGACAGCAGGUGGUGGUAGGUGGCUCGGCUCAGAGACGAAGUAAGAGGAGUCUGUCGUUGUUGUCACCAUGAACCCCGAAUAUGAUUAUCUGUUCAAGCUUCUGCUGAUCGGAGAUUCAGGUGUCGGGAAGUCGUGUCUGCUGCUGCGAUUUGCGGAUGAUUCCUACUUGGAGAGUUACAUCAGCACAAUCGGGGUGGACUUUAAAAUCCGGACGGUGGAGCUAGAUGGGAAGACUAUCAAACUCCAGAUUUGGGACACGGCAGGUCAGGAGCGAUUCAGGACGAUCACUAGCAGCUAUUAUCGCGGAGCGCACGGCAUAAUUGUGGUGUACGACGUAACAGAUCAGGAAAGCUUCAAUAAUGUGAAGCAGUGGUUGAAUGAGAUUGACCGCUACGCAAGCGAGAACGUGAACAAGCUACUCGUAGGAAAUAAGUCCGAUCUUGCUUCGAAAAAGGUGGUGGACACUCAGACAGCGAAGGCGUUCGCCGAUGAGAUUGGAAUUCCGUUUCUAGAGACCAGUGCGAAGAACGCGACCAACGUUGAGGAAGCCUUCAUGACUAUGGCGGCUGAGAUCAAGAAUAGGAUGGCCAGUCAGCCUGCCAUGACGAGCACCAAGCCUAGUACUGUACAGAUGAAGGGACAGCCUCUUCCCCAGAGCGGUGGGUGUUGCUCCUGAGCAGGUGAUGCAUGCAGGGAGAAAUCAUGGGCAUAGUACUGUCGUGGCAGGAACUAUCACUGUCUUUCUUGAAGGCAUGUGCUGGAUCAGUGGAGUAGUUCGAAACGCAAGACAAUUUAUAGCUGUAGCUCAUUCUAGGGUAGCCGGCCACUUGGAUUAUACUGGCAGUGUUGACAGGGGGGAGCGCGUUGCUUACGAGGAUUCUUUACCAUGAAUUCCGAAUAUGAUUUUUCCUUCAAGCUUUUGUUCAUCGGCGAUUCUGGUCUUUGGAAGUCUUGUUCUGCUUCGAUCUACUAGAACAUCCCUGCUUUAACACAGAGUUCAAAAGUUGACCUUUCGAGAGUUAGGGUACAUGGUGAAGAAGCAGUUUGUAUAGUUGCAAGCAAGACACCCAGACUAGUGUGACCCAGAUUGUGAUCCAGAUUACUCUCUCAGGAGGGCGUUCGAGUGCACCUUUGGAUGCCCGCUCGUCCAGUGCGUAUCAUCUACAGAUGAUUUGCAAAUUGCACUUAAUUGCAUUGUCUGCAUUUGGCGAAAACAAAAUAAAUAAUGUGAAGUCCACAAAUUUGU